AUGGCACCGAGACUACCACUGUCAAAGCUACAUUUCAUCAGUGAUAUGAUACAAAGCCAGUCGCUUACCCGUUCUCAAAUGGCCGAGGCAGCAGAAUGUAGCGAACAGACGAUCAAAAACAUCCGCAGGAACUUGCGACUGUUUGGACAAGUUCAUGCCCCUCCAACUCGUAUCGGCCGGAGAAGAAGCAUAACACCACCGAUGAUCGAGGCCCUCUGUGACCAUCUGCUGGAAAAACCAGUAUUAGGAGGGCCCUUGUAUCCCAAGGCUGGUCCAAAAAGACCGCCCGACAGAGUGCUAAAGAGCAGAGUGCCGAAUUACGAGAAAUUUAUCUUCAAUCUCUCGGAUUUUGAGUCGUACCACCUUGUUUAUGUUGAUGAAUCUGGAUGUGAUAAACGAGUUGGUUUCCGACGGACAGGCUGGUCACCACUCGGUGUAGCACCUCGACAAGUUUCACAGUUUCACCGUGACGAACGUUAUCAAAUUCUGCCUGCAUAUGCCCAAGAUGGUAUUUUGCUUACUCGCGUCUUUCGUGGGUCAACGGAUGCCGCGUUGUUCGAAGAUUUCAUCGAUGAGCUUCUUCGUCAUUGCGGAAGAUGGCCGAAGCCAAAGUCUGUUCUGGUCAUGGAUAAUGCAUCGUUUCACCACUCUGAGCGGAUUUCGCAGAUGUGUGCCGAUGCUGGAGUCAAACUUGUUUAUUUGCCUCCGUACUCGCCGGACCUGAAUCCAAUUGAGGAGUUUUUUGCUGAACUCAAAGGCUUCAUAAGACGCAAUUGGUGCUACUACGCAGAUGAUCCCGACCGCGAAUUUGGGUCCUUUCUGGAACGGCACUAG